AUGAUCGAGUUAACACUGUCUAUCUGGGGCUCCCCAGAAAAAAUCAUUGCAGCCAAACAAGAACUGGCAAAAUGGGUACAGCGCUUCAAAUACAGCGCAGCUCAGAAAAAUGAAGGGGCCCGUGCUGCUUUUGGAAAGGUUCUUGCGAUUAGUGAAAAAAAAAAGAAGCAGCUCGCCAGACAGAUGGAGGAUGACGCAAGCAGACAAAAAUAUAAGCAGUCUCCAUGUAUGACAGAGACAUUCAAAUUCAUCGGUUAUUUUCAUUGGCCAGUAGAAGAAAUCAGACCAGAGUCUAUUCUUGGCAAGAGCUUUGAGGCCUUUGACCAUAUCCGCAUGCAUGCUGCAUUCAAGGUCCUGUCGCAAACAUUCAACGAGCUCGAUGUGGCUUUGAGUAGGAUCAGGGGAACACUAUGCGAGAUAAUGACACGCAGCAACAGGCCGGUAACACUGUACCUUGUUGCACCGCCUUCUGUGGAGGCAGUCCGUACAGAAGUGGAACUCGAGGAGAGAAAAAUGGGCCUUAGUCGUUUGAGCGGCGUAGUCCCAAGAUUGACAGGCCCUAAACUAUCAAAGACCGACCAAUACACGUGGGUAUCUCUGAGGCCCAAACUAGCGGCUGCGAAUGCGAAACUUCUAAGAAAAGCUACAUCGGACUGUCUAAGAACGCUUAAGUUUUAUAGAGGGCAUAUUAGUAUGCGUGUCCGUUUUGGGACUCUCUUCUUGUCUUCCUACAGAAAAGCCAAAGCUGAUCGACAUGGGUUGAUGGAGUUCCUCGAGAUGAUGAAAUGCGUACAGGUGGCCGGGGAGCUGGAUAAAGAAAGUCCUGGAGAUUGCGAAAGUAAUGGCGACUUAUUGUCCCGGUGCUGCCUUGCAACAGAUGUACUCGAGCCCGCGGAUGCCAUGACCAGCGGCUUGGAAAACGUUCAGCCCGUCUUUUCCGCAAGUUUCGAAGUGACGGACCCUAGUAUCCAUGAAACAUUUCGCCUAGAUAUAGAAUUCCAUAAAGCCGUCGAUGUUGAGAGUUUUGAGAUAUCUUCAAAAAGAUGGUUUAAAGUGGGCAAGCAAAACCCACAAGGACGCCUCCAACCGAUCUCUCGAAAUGUCCCUCUCUCAGUGAAGAGUCUUAAUGUCGAAAAGGGAACAGCAUGGCAGUUGGAAGUCACUGCGGACAGUUCAGUCGACAUCUCAAGAAUAACCCCCGAAAUGCGCGAGUUUGCGGACCGGAUUAAGCUCAAUGUGAAUGGACCGAGCAACGCGAAUACUUCUUCACCGAGUAUUACAUUCAAAGAAAUACUGGAGAUCCAUGGGUUUACGGAAAGAAGAUCCUUUCGAUAUAUGAUGAAGGGCAGCACAUACAUUUUUGAAGUGGCAGAGAGCACCACCUUCGCUCCAGGAAAUCCGUCGAAUGGUCAGAAGUGGGCGAGUAAGAAGUCAGAGCAAGUGGCAACCUUUUACAACAGAGAAUGGGACACAAUCUUCGGUCAGAACUCCAGCCUUGGGAUCGGAGAACCCGCCUCUUGGAAUGACAGCCUUGUAACCUUCUUCUCAAGAGAAGAGCAUACUGGAGGCACGAGUUCAGAGGUAGGGUUGGCAGAUUUUGCUCAAAGGGUUGAGCUUAUCUUACAAUUGAUUGAGAAUGAUCGAUAA